AGACUGAGAGGCUUUUUUUGUGUGAUGAAAGACUUGGAGACAGAAAUAGCACGGCAGACAGCGAGGAAGAGAACGCACAAGUUUCAGAGGUGAGGCGAUGCAGCACGAAGCUGCCUCUUUCUUUUCUUCGUCCGAUGCCUUUGGAGGGCAGCUUUGUGUGCCGUGAACUCCCCUGAGACCUCUUUUUGUUCUCAGAAGAUGAAGCCUGACAGAGUGCGACCGGCCACUUACACCUGAAGCCACCAAAAGCACAGGGAACAGURUGUUUAUACCAUACAAUGAGUCGGCUCUUUUCUUGUGUACUUGGCCAAAAUAAGAUCAAGAUGUCCUCAGCAGCUUUGCACCCUCAUGCUUCUUGUCUAAAUGUAUAGCCUUUAGCUAAAAGAAACAGCAGAUAAAGGAGCAGCACUAAGUACUGAGAUUAAUUUAGGAGGUGCCACAUCUGAAAUGUUGACAAACCGAUCACAGCAAAAACAAAAGUCAGUUCCAGAAUAAUCCCACCGUGCUCCACAGAUUACAAAUGAUAAAAGCACGUCGUCUCGUUUGCGUGUCACCUUGGUGAGUGGCCGCCUCUGACAGGCGACAUACAAUAACACGAAUGUCAUGUUUGUGUGUCAGCUAAUUAGGUCCUGCGAAAAUGAGUCAAAGCUUUGCAGAUAAGACAGAAUAUCAGGCAGAAUGCAGCCUGCCCUACAUCCUGUGUCCCACACGUCACUCUCAGAGGAGCAGAGAUGGAGAGCACAGACAUGGCAGGCGUCCAAGASGAAAAGCUCGUCUUCAAAGACAUUGGGGGAAAUGAAGGAUUUUCUCCCCAGAUGAUCCUCCAGUGAGCACUAUCCAACCUGUGGAGAGUGUGUGAGCGCGUCUGUGAUCACCUAUCCGGGACGCUCUUGUUCGUGCAGGUCGUCCGGCGCGUCUUUCCCCCCCACCUGGCGGCUCUCCGGUCUGCGCGUCGCCGCGGCGGGGGGUGGAUAGAGGGAGCUAGGAUCCGGCGUCUGAGCCAAAGCUGUGUGCAGGUAUUCAGUUUAUGAAUGGCACUGACAUGGAGGAAAUACCGUUUCAGAAAGUCAAAACCAGGCGGAAGAGAAGUCACUGUCCACCGGGCGUCCCUCUGACCACCAUCGCCUGCGAGGACGAGUUCGACUGCAAGGAGCUCGAGUCCCUCUUCCAGAACUACAACCAGAAACUGGAGCAGACGUCCACGCUCAAAGCCCUGGCGCUCCUCAUCUUCGUCUCCGCGUCCCUGGCCGUGGUGGAGCUGCUGUCCGGCCCCAGCCUCACCAUCUCCAAGGGCUCCCACCCGGUCCACUGUGUCGUCUUCCUCUCCCUCUUCAUUGUAACUAACGUCAAGUACCUGCAGGUGACUCAGCUCCAGCAGAUAGUCAACCUGACGCUGCUCUUCGGCUUCACCUUCUCCUUCCUGUGCUGUCCCUUCUCGCUGGGCGCGAUGGGGCUGGAGCCCCCGACGUCCCCGGAGCAGGGCGUGUGGCAGCUCAUCCUGGUCACCUUCGUGGCGUACGCGCUGCUGCCCGUCAGGACGCUGCUGGCUGUUGUGUUUGGGAUCAUGGUCUCCAUCUCGCACCUGAUCGUGGCUGCUACUUCUGUCACGGUGAAAACGCAGAAGCUGUGGAGAACGAUGGUUGCAAACGCCGUCUUGUUUACCAGCGUCAACCUGUCGGGGCUCUUUGUGCGCGUCCUGACGGAGCGAGCUCAGAGGAAGGCCUUCCUGCAGGCUCGCAACUGCAUCGARGAGAGACUGCGCAUGGAGGAUGAGAACGAGAAGCAGGAGCGCCUGCUAAUGAGUCUGUUGCCCAGGAACGUAGCUAUGGAGAUGAAAGAGGAUUUCCUGAAACCUCCUGAAAGGAUCUUUCACAAAAUCUACAUCCAGCGUCAUGACAAUGUCAGCAUCCUGUUUGCAGAUAUAGUUGGUUUCACCAGCCUGGCCUCUCAGUGCACAGCCCAGGAAUUGGUUAAGCUGCUAAAUGAGCUGUUUGGAAAGUUUGAUGAGCUCGCCACGGAGAACCACUGUCGCAGAAUUAAGAUUCUGGGGGAUUGUUAUUACUGUGUCUCAGGACUGACUCAACCCAAGACUGACCAUGCUCACUGCUGUGUAGAAAUGGGGCUAGACAUGAUCGACACCAUAACGUCAGUGGCAGAGGCAACAGAAGUCAACCUUAACAUGCGUGUGGGUUUGCACACGGGUCGGGUUCUGUGUGGAGUGCUAGGCCUCAGGAAGUGGCAGUAUGAUGUUUGGUCCAAUGAUGUGACGCUGGCCAAUGUGAUGGAAGCUGGAGGACUACCGGGGAAAGUUCACAUCACCAGAUCGACGCUCGAGUGCCUAAACGGAGACUAUGAGGUGGAGCCAGGGAAUGGUCAUGAAAGGAAUGCCUUCCUCCAAAAGCAUGAAAUMGAAACUUUUUUUAUUGUGCCAUCUCACCGACGGAAGAUAUUCCCCGGAUUGAUUCUUUCGGAUAUAAAGCCUGCCAAAAAAAUGAAGUUCAAAACUGUGUGCUACUUACUGGUGCAGCUCAUGCACUGCAGGAAGAUGUUCAAGGCUGAGAUUCCCUUCUCCAAUGUCAUGAACUGCGAGGACGGUGACAAGCGGAGGGCCAUGCGAUCAGCUCCACAGAAGCUGAGGAACCACAACAACGCGAACCAGACUAACUUGAUCCAGAGCAGCCCCAGAACCCGGGUCAACCGCUACAUUGGUCGGCUGAUCGAGGCCCGUCAGACUGAGUCGGACACAGCAGACCUCAACUUCCUCACACUCAUGUACAAGUGUUCUGAGCGCGAGCAGAAGUACCACCAGGUUCCGGAUGAGUACUUCACCAGCGCAGUGGUCCUCUCUCUGAUCUUAGCUGCCUUGUUCGGCCUUGUUUAUCUUCUCAUCAUACCACAGGGCACAGUGGUACUCGUCCUUCUUGUUUUCUGCAUCUGCUUCCUAGUAGCUUGUAUAAUGUACCUCCAUAUUACUAGAAUACAGUGUUUUCCAGGGUGCCUGACCAUUCAGAUUCGUACUGCUCUCUGUAUUCUCAUAGUGCUCUUAAUCUAUGCUGUGGCCCAGGCCUGUGUUGUGGGCUGUAUGCCCUGGUUGUGGGGCAGUGCCAACGCGAACAGCUCCGUUGUCAUCAUCGAUGUGGACAGCGAGGCCAACCGCACCGUGACGGAGCAGCCCUGCGACGGGGCCCGCUACGCCUUCCUCUCCUGCGUGGUGGGCACCCUCACCUUGGCGCUUUUCCUGCGCGUCUCCUGGCUGCCAAAGAUGGCGCUGAUGCUGCUUGUGGGGGUGCUGUAUGUCACCGUGUUGGAGCUGAGCGGCUUUCGCAAGACUGCAGGUGGGGGGUCCUUCCACAUCCGGGGCUACGAGCCCAUCCUGUCUCUGUUGCUCUUUGUCAGUGCGCUGGCCCUCCACUCCAGGCAACUUGACCUCAAAUUGCGCUUGGACUUCCUUUGGGCUGUGCAGGCAGAGGAGGAAAGAGACGGGAUGGAGAAAGUAAAGCUGGACAAUCGGAGGAUCCUCUUCAAUCUACUGCCUGCCCACGUGGCUCAGCACUUCUUAAUGUCAAACCCUAGAAACAUGGUGAGCCACGCUAACAAACAGGCAGGCAGUCAGACAGACAAACAGGAUUUGUAUUAUCAGUCCUACGCUCAAGUCGGUGUCCUGUUUGCCUCGAUCCCAAACUUUAACGAUUUUUACAUUGAACUGGACGGCAACAACAUGGGAGUGGAGUGCCUGAGGCUGUUGAAUGAAAUCAUUGCUGACUUUGAUGAGCUCAUGGAUAAGGAGUGCUACAAAGACAUUGAGAAAAUCAAAACCAUCGGCAGCACCUACAUGGCAGCUGUGGGACUCGUCCCCACUGUGGGCACAAAGGUGACUGAGGACGUGUAUCGGCUUUUGAACAGCAACUACGACCUGGUCUGCCGGGGUAAGGUCAGCGUGAAAGGCAAAGGUGAGAUGCUGACCUACUUUCUGGAAGGGAAGGUGCAGGGCAUAGGCACGGCGACCACCUCUUCAGUGAUGCGCUCCGCCAGCCUGGCGCGCCGUAUCCACUCCUGCGGCAAGACGAGUGUCCCGACCAACCUGGGCAGCGUCUCCUCCACCGCCAGCCUGUGCGUCGCUCACGCCGGCACGGGCAGCAACUCUCAGAUCAACAUCGGCAACAGCCAAGUGACAAACCCGUCCUGCGUGCCUGCCCUGGGCGAGGAGGAAGAGGAGGACUUAGAGGUGACUAAGAUUCAAAUCGAGGCCGUGGUGGCCRUUGCAGACGCAGCAGUCUAAAGACAGAGAAGACUGUCUCAAACGCAGCAGGAGCCCCUGGAAAAGACCGGGCCUGUCCAGGAAUUCCCACCGCAUGAAAAGUGAGAUUUUCGUCCCUGUAAACUGCCUUGAAUUUUGCUAAUUCGCGGCAAUUAUCGGCAAUUUACAGCUUCUCACAUUCGCAUUCUUCUGUGCCGAAAACUGUCGAAAAUGUACCCCUAAAGGCAGCAGGGGGUGGGGGCCGCGGGGGACUCGGCCGCCGGAUAAAUCCUGACUAUACUGAUGCAAUCCGGGACGAGCUCAUUCAGGACGAAAUCCUCCUGGGACACGACGUGACGAUGCGGACAAUCAGAGUUGCUUUUAGAGAUUUUUUUUUCAACCGUUCGCCACUUUUCCUGAAACAUCUGGAGAGAAGAAAUGUACGCACAAAUGUUCAGCUCUUCUUUAAGCAUCAAAGCAACUGAGGAUUUGAUUUGUGGCGUUCUCGGGUUCUCUCAGAUCCAGUUACAGUGUGCAAACAAAGUGCAUAUUCCCACGUUAGUGGGGUGACUAUGUACAAUGGUUCUCAGAAAAAAGACUGCUCAUGUAUUUGCUUUUGCACUGUCCUGAUUAUGCCAAGGAUAUAGUGCAUUAUUUACAGAGAAAAUUGUGGUUCUUAUUCUUUUGUGUUUUAUUUUUUUUUUGUGUGUGUGUGUGUGUGUGUGUGUGUGUGUGUGUGUGUGAGUACGCAUGCAUGUGUGUACUUGCAUGUGUGUAUGCACGUGUGGUUAGUUUUGAAUUGUAACAAAACAGCACAAAAAUCCUUUUUUAUACCCACUUUUCACUGGACGGCUUAGGCUUUUUACRAUGCGUGACGUAUUAAUAUUUAACACAGUGGGUGACUUUUUAAAAGUUGACAGCCAUAGUAAUGAUGCUCCUGCUGAAAGAAAACCAAAGUAAUGAUCAUUCCAUGGAUGUUUUACAACUUUUACUGCCUCUGCAAAAGAGGGGAAAAGUUGCUCGCAGAACAAUAGUAUUUCACAUGUCACUUUUUUGUAAUAAACUUAAAAAGUAUCCAGACUUGAUAAAGUUUUAAUUCAGAGUUUUAUUGUAAUGUGAUUUAAAAAAUAGGCAAAGAAAGUUUUAUUUUAACAGUAAGAAGAUAUUAAAGUCAACAGAAAGAGGAAGAAAAUGUUUGAAAAGAAGUUAAUGCCAAAUAUCCCAAAUGAUAGAUAUAUUCCAGAUGGCAUAUAUAAUUUAUUCUUAAAUAAAAGAGCACAUACACGUGAACAUAAGCACACCACGUCCAUAAAUGCAUGACCUUUAAGUGUUUCAAAUGCUCCAUGUGUACGUACGUUUAAGCUGUGCCGACUUAGGUGCAGUGCCUGGCUGCUGUCGUUUCUUCAGGCAUUUACUGUGCUGCCGCUAUUCAUCAUAUUUAAGCUACAGCUCGAGAAUUCUUUGAACAAGCUUGAGCGUACAUCUCUCAGAUGCUCUUCCGGACACAAGAGGCGUGUUGAAUAUAUCUGUCUAGGCUGCAUCUUUAAGUGUGGAGACAUUUCACUUGAUCUGCAAAAGUGUAAAUACAUCAUGUUUCAAGUUUUUUGCCUUACUCAAUAAGCUUACAGUGACUGCAACCUGCCUUUUUAGAUUUAUUCACUUUGAUAUUCAGAUCAUACUUUUUGUAAAUAGCCAAAAAGCUGUAAACUAUGUUGUAUCUUGUACAGUUUGAAGUUGGGUUAUUGAAUAUUUUGUAUUAAAUACUAUAUUGAUGUAUAAAAUA